AUGACGUUCCGCGACGCCAUGAAAGCCGACAAGCGUCUGAUCUGGCACUCUCUCGGCUUCUCGGGGACCAUCGUCAUGGAGGGAUACGGCUAUGCCCUUAUCACCUAUCUCUUCAGCUUCUACACGUUCAACGAGAAGUACGGCGUGGUGCUGCCCGGGAAAUUCGUGGAUGGAAAGCCCGUAUACGAACUCGAAUACAUUUGGAAAGCUCUCUUGCCUCUUGUGGCCCAAUUCGGUUCUCUUAUCGGUAUCAUGAUCACGGCGCCCAUCACACGGAAGCUCGGGUACAGGAGGACCACCCAGCUGAUGCUCGUCUGGUCGGCGGCCUUUGUCUGCAUGCCCUUCUUUGCUUCCUCGGUCCAGGUCCUGCUGAUGGGCUUCCUGAUCCAGGGCAUCCCCUGGGGUGUUUACCAGGUCGUGAGCCCUGCCUAUGCCUCCGAGGUGGCAUCGUUGCAGCUGCGGCCGAUCCUGACCACGUGGAACAAUCUGUGCUGGGUUAUUGGCCAGCUCAUCGCGUCGGCAAUCCUCAAGGGCUUUGAGAAGUACCCCGGCGACAUGAGCUUCAGGAUCCCCUUUGCCUUCCAGUGGGUUUUCCUCUCAAUGCUCAUGAUUGUCAUCUCGUUCGCUCCCGAGUCUCCCUACUGGCAUCUCCAGCGCCAGCGGAUCCCCGAAGCCCGCGCCACAAUCCGGAAGCUCGUGCGCCACGGGUCGGCGGACACGGCUGACAGGAAGCUGGCCCUGAUGCAGCACACGAUGCACCAGGAGUCCAAGAAGGAGGGCGCCGCGGCCGAGGCGGCGUCGAGCUGGAAGAGAUUCACGGGCAUGUUCAAGGGCGUGGAUGCGCGGAGGACCGAGAUUGCCUGCAUGGCCUGGCUCAUCCAGUCCAUGUGCGGAUCCAGUAUCAUCCCAUGGGCACCGAAGCUGUUCGAGUCUGCCGGCCUCGCCGCCAGCCAGGCCCUGUCGGUCAACAUUGCCCUGCCAGCUGCCGGAAUCAUGGGCACAGUCGCGUCAUGGUGGCUGAUGAGGAUCUGGGGUCGCCGCCAGAUUUACUUCUGGGGCCAGCUCAUCAUGGGCGUCUUCCUCGUUGGCGUUGGUCUCGCCUCGCUGGCGCCCGACAACAUCUCUGGGUGGAUCGCCGGAGGAAUCCUCACCGUCUAUACCGCCAUCUACGACCUCACAAUCGGCCCGGUAUGCUACUCAAUUGUCUCCGAGAUCCCCUCGAUCCGCCGCCGCGCCGCCACGCUCUCGGCAGCACGGGGCACAUACUUGAUCGCUGGCCUCGUCAACCACUUCUUGACGCCCAAAAUGGUGGGCAUAGACGAGGCGAGCUGGAAAUGGGGUGCCAAGACUGGCUUCCUCUACGCCGGCAUGUGCGUCCUGGGCGCCGUCUAUACCUGGUAUCGCAUCCCCGAGACGACGGGCCUGUCGGCUCGCGCCCUCGAUAUCCUCUUCCAGCACAAGAUCUCAGCCCGCGAGUUCAACAACGACAAGGCUGCUGCAGUCGAGGCUACAGACCGCGAAAAGGCCGCGGCCGAGGCUGGCAGCCGGACUUCUGACGUGUCGAUCAUGGUCCACGAGAUCAGGACGACGGAUAAGGCCUAG